CUCUUCUGUAAAUCAAUGGCGUUCAGGAGAGCCCUUGCUCAACGCUUAACAAAUUUACCAAUCUCCUCUCAAACUCCUGCCAAUGGCCGCUUGUCUUCUUCCUCUGUUCAGCCUCGAAUACCUCCGACCCCUGGCAAGCUUGACAUUGCUCCAGAUCCUGGAGACAGAGGUAUCUUCCGUCAUUUAUUGCACAGGCUGCCGACGCUUCGGCCGGAGCACCGAUCGCCAUUGCUGGGAGAUGGCGUUGUUGAUAAAUUCAAGGCUAUUAGCAUCGCAGGAAACCGCAUUCGAUUGGAUGGGUUGGUUCCUCCGCCGGAGAAUUCGGCUUUGGCAGUUGAGGAUGCGAGGAAAUUGCUGAAGGCUGCGCGGCUGGAGUUGGUGAAAUCGAAACUCCGGGAGAUCCGAGAGAGCUGCAUACCGUAUUCGGAGUUUCUUCAGAUCUGCGCCGAAUAUUGCUCAGAUGACGAUGAAGCCAAACGAACGGCUAAGAUGCUUGAUGAUUCUGCUGCUGUAGUUGUAUUGGGAGACCUCGUGUUUCUGAGGCCAGAAGAGGUAGCAAAAGCCGUUCGACGUCUCCUCCCACAUACAACAGGGAAGGCAUAUGAGGCAGAGGCGGCGAGAAAGGAACUUGAAGAGCUGGAGAAACAGAAGGAAGCCAUAGACACAAAAGCUGACACCAUGGUUCGCCGUGAGCUGUGGGGAGGGCUGGGCUAUCUGGUGUUGCAAACAGCAGUCUUCAUGAGGCUCACUUUCUGGGAGCUUUCAUGGGAUGUGAUGGAGCCCAUUUGCUUCUAUGUCACGUCCUUCUACUUCAUGGCUGGCUACGCCUUCUUCCUCAGAACCUCCAACGAACCCUCUUUUGAAGGUUUUUACCAAAGCCGUUUCAGCACCAAGCAGAAACGCCUCAUGGAACGUCACCAGUUUGACCUUGCCAGGUAUAAGGAGCUCAAGGCUGAUUGCUCUCACUCUUCCGAGUUGGGUUCUUCCAUAGCUCCCCCCUUUCACAAUUCUCACAAUCAUGAGUUCCAUUUGUAGAACAUGCUCGCCAUUACUGAUAUUUAUCUAUUGACCACAUCUAUGGUCAAAAUUAAAUACGUAGCGGUACUGACCUGUUCCAUGAGGAUAUCAUUACAAGGGGAAGGGAAAAUCCUAUGUAUGAGUAAUGUUGUUUUAGGAGUAUAGGAGCGGCUUCGUGUAACAAGAGCAGAGUGUUCCCAAUAUUGUUUAACUUAUGAAGGAAUUGUAAACCGCAACAAAAUGAUCAAGCCUUUCCAAGCCAUUUUGCUGUAA